AUGAAUUAUUCUUCAACUGAGAGUAAUGAUGAUAGCACCAGGUACACUGGGACUCGCAAUGCUUCCUCUUCUUUUUCUAAAAGAUCCCCUUCCAUAUUAGUGACAGAUUCUCGUUCGAACAGAAACAGAAUCAAUGCCCCAUUUGCAAGACAUGCAGCGGGUCUCAGAGACAGGAACAGCAAUUUUGUUGGUCCAUCAGCAGAUUCACGAAAGAAUUCUAGUAACGGUGUUUUUGCAAGUCCUAAGUCUCAUCAGAAAUUGCAUAUGAAUAAUAAACACGACCAAGUAUUACGUGGUCGUUUUAGUGGCAUAUCUGUUGAUAAUAUCCUCUCUGACUCAUCUGAUGUUCCGUCAGGAAGAAGAGAAGAAAGACGAUCAAGUUCCUCAUGGGAUAGAUUAUCUGUAUAUGAGAAGUUCAAAGCUUAUCCAAAUCAAAAGAAAUUAAACCACUUGCCAUCUAGAACGUCAAAAACUUCUCAAAAGUUAGUGUUAAUUCCCGAAGAUAUUCCUGGCAGUGAAUAUUCAUCUCCAUUAUCUAAUUUGAGGCAAAAACCAGUUUCCUCUCCUAUUAAACAAAGCAGGAUUAACAGUACUGAUUAUUACGAUAGUUCUAAAAUACGACCUCAUAACCAGAAUUAUGACGAUCUGCCAAGAUUAACUGCAUAUAAUAUUGCGGAUGCAUUAAAUUUAAAAUCUAUAUCAAAAUUUUUAAAAGAAACACACGAAGUGUCAUCAAGAUUAUAUAACGAAUGUUUAUAUGUUGCAUACACUUUGCCAUUAUUAUCAGGAAAAGAUGGGUUUAGAAUAAAAUCUAAUAUUUCGAAAAAAGUGAUUGGAGGUAAAACAUUAAUUGAUGAAUUAAUCGAUACAAGUGAACAGAGAGACCAUCAUUAUGAAUAUUACUCUGGUAUCGAAAAUCCUGAAGAUGCAUCAAAUAACUAUGAAUUAGAAGCAAACGGUAUACCAGCUGAAAAUGAUGUUACUGUAAUCCCUGAUCAUUUACCAAGUGUAACGAACUCAACAGAUGCAUUUAACCCUGGCGACCCUCAAUAUUUUGCAGAGGAAACACCUAGUGAAAAGAAAUUAAGAGAGAAAAAGGAAGAAAUUCAGAUAAAUCAAAAAGUUAAUAAAGCGAUAUCUCUACUAACAGAUGAAGAUCAGCAUGCUGAAAUUUUUAUAUUUCAUUACGGUGUAAUAGUGUUUUGGAAUUUCCAAGAAAUACAAGAAAAGAAUAUUCUAGGUGAUGUUGCAUUCGCAGACUCUAAAAAUCUUCUCACAAGACCAUUAAGUGAAGAAGAUAUUGAAAUUGAACAGUUUCAUUUCGCAUAUGAUAGACAUACGGAAAGACCAAGUAUUUUCAAUGAUACCAUAACAUUGAGAUCAGGUGAUCAUAUUAUGAAACUGACUCUAUCACACGCUAUCGCUCAAUCAUCUAAAUUAUCCAGAUUUGAAUCUAGAGUAACUCCAAUUUUGCAUUCUAUUACUAAACUUCCUAAAAGAUUAGCACUCUAUGGUACAUUAGGUUUGAAAAGAGAACAGCUACUUAAGCGUUCAGGUAAGUUAUUUAAAUUGAGAGUGGAUGUCAACCUUUCAUCCAGUGUUUUAGAUACUCCAGAAUUUUUUUGGUCACUUGAGCCCAGUUUACAUCCACUAUAUAUUGCAAUGCGAGAGUACCUUGAAAUUGAUCAAAGAGUUCAAGUUUUGAAUGAUCGUUGCAUGGUAUUUCUAGAAUUUUUUGACAUUUGUGUUGAUUCAGUCGCUGAACGGAGUAUCGUAAGGGUGACAUGGUGGUUUGUAUUUGUGAUUAUUAUUUGUGUAAUAUUUUCACUGAUUGAAAUAUUUAUCCGGUAUAUACUUAUAAAUAAGAAAUAG